AAUACCCCCUCUCUAUCUCAGACUAAGGCUAGCAGAUCCAGACUCAUCCUUACCUAGUAUUAUCAACAAAUAUCGAAAGAUUCGUUCCGUCACGAAGAUAAUAAACCCGAUAUAUAACUAAGGAAUUCAGCCUUAUCUUUCUUUAGAUCGACUAGGGAGUGUGGAUCCACCAUGUCAUCUAUUCAGACCGUAUCACUGGAGUCUACCGUCUCAUUGCUUGAGCAGUUAGCUUCUAGUCCACCAACCACAACUGCGGGCCUUCAUACAGACGAUCAGCUUCGAAAGAGAUUUCUCCUGGCCAUACAGAAACUUGUCCCUGAGCUAGAAACACCCGCUGAAGCUUGCCAACGAGUUCUAUACAAUGGACUCGAAUUGCCUGUUGCGCGUAUUGCUGUAGACCUAAACAUCUUUAACUCACUUAAGGAGAGUCCUACUCCUUUAUCAACAGAUGAGCUCGCGAAACUAUCAGGCAAAAGCCCAGACACAAAACUGCUAGCACGCGUUCUGAGAUACUUGGCUUCCUUGAGCUUGGUCCGUGAGGUUGACACGGGAGUCUGGACUGCAAGUCGAUUUGGGAACAACCUAUCAGGGGAAGGUCAGAGCGCAGGGGUUGCAUCCAUGGUCGACAACUGUUUCGUUUCUAUGGUCACUCUCCCUGCAUUCCUUCGACGCCACGGAUACAACCCACCUGAUACCAAGAGUGACACCGCAUUCGCUUUGGGUAAUAGGGUGAGCCCUGAGGAAGCGACGUUCUUUGACUGGUUGAAGACUCGGCCGGAAAAUGCUAAGGAGUUUAAUGUAUUCAUGGGAUCUCACCGCACAGGUGUUAAGACGUGGCUUGAUCGGCCUGAAGUGAUAACGGAGAUUACCGAUGCCUUCAAGAAAGUCACUGCUGGGAAGGAUGAGAGGAAAGGGGUGUCAUUCGUUGACAUCGGUGGCGGUAUUGGUCACCAGUGCAAAGCAUUCAAGAAGCGAGUACCAGAGUUGAAAGGUAAAAUAGUCUUGGAAGACCUGGAAGAGGUAGUUGCGACGGCGGAACUUGAAGAUGGAAUCGAGAAGUUGGGAAUAGAUUUCCUCGAAGGUCAACCCGUGAAAGGUGCCGCAUCAUACUAUUUUAGAAGUGUUCUACGAAAUUGGCCAGACCGAUACUCUCGAACUGUUAUGGGUUACGUGCGGGAUGCUAUGGACGAUAACUCGCUUUUAUUGAUUGACGAAUUAGUUCUGCCGGACCGAGGAGCUCACCGAUACGAAACACAACUCGACUUGACGAUGCUUGCCAUGCUCAACGCCGAGGCUCGAACCGAGGCUCACUGGAAGGAGUUGCUCGGCGAAGUAGGGUUAGAAGUGAAGCAAAUCAUUUUCUAUGAAGAGGAAGCUAGGGAAGCGGUAAUCAUCGCCAAGAAAGUGUCGUCGUAAAGAUAGAUACCUAUAUUAGACACGAGUUUACGAGGGUAUGCCGGAGUGUUUUCAACAAUCUCAAUAUUAAGUAAGGCGUAGGGGAUAGAUUGAUAGACUUUAUUAAUUCAACAUGAUGUAUAUAU